AUGCUGCGCAGUGAUCUGCUGACGCAAAUAUGGCGAGAUGUGGUGCCAUGGAGGCGCCACCGUCAAGUUAAACCACGCCUUAAUCAUCUUAAAGUAUUGUUGUUACAACGGCACCAGACUCGAAUGAAUCCUGGUCGUGACAACGCCUGGUGGGGCUUGCUGGAUGAGUAA